AGGAGAAAAAAUAAUAGUCAUGUAAAAAAUAGUAAUAAUGGAGAAUCAAAAAUAAAAAAAUUUCAGAGGAAAUGAAGAGAGAGUUCGAGAAAAAAGGUUUGCUGUAAAAAAAGACAACUCUAGCCUCUCUGAUGUAUACACAUGACAAAUAAAAGAGCGAGUUUUUAAUGUUAAAUGGGAGACAGGAGUAUUAGGAAGGAAGUAGCGACGAUUUUGACGGCAGGUCGCUGGCGAUCGUGCUGCCGUCGUUGUGGUAGAAAAAAAAGGAAACUGGAUAAUCAUCAGGACGAUCAUCACCAAAGUGACAGUAAGGCAGAAAGUAGGAUGUCCAGAUCUAGCUUUAAUAACCAUCUCUGCAAUCCACUAGGGUACAUUUUGAAUAGACAGAUUAAUGACAGGAUUAAUUAUUGCAAAGACCUUGUAGAUACCAGGUUCUCUAGUGCACAAAAUUUAUUUAGAAAAGAUCUUUAUUCACAUUAUGGAUGCAUUAAUGCUAUCGAGUUUUCCAAAGAGGGAGAUUUACUUGUUUCUGGUGGAGAUGAUAAAAGGGUUCUUUUAUGGAAUGUAGAAAAAGCUAUUCAAGAACAUGGGAAACCUGUAGUAAUGAAGGCUCAACAUAUGAGCAAUAUAUUUUGCCUUGGCUAUAAUAGUAGCAAAUCCAGAAUAUUUUCUGCAGGAAACGAUGAUCAAGUUAUUGUUCAUGAUUUACAAACAACUGACGUUUUAAACUUCUUUCGACAUGAGAAACCAGUGUAUGGUUUAUCAGUUCAUCCAUAUAAUGACAAUAUAUUUUCAAGCGCUUGUGAUGAUGGAAGAGUUCUUAUUUAUGAUAUUAGAGGGUCUGCUAGUUCUGCUGAAUCUUUUUUUUGUUUGGCUCAACAUAAAAAUUCUUUCCACUCUGUAAUGUUCAAUCCUGCUGAUCCAGUAAUGUUAGUCACUGCUAAUGCAAAAGAAGGAGUUAGUAUGUGGGAUAUACGAAAACCACUAAAGCCAGUUUUGAGAUAUGGAUCAGAAGGACCAGCACAAAGUUGCAUGAAUGUUAGAUUUAAUGAAGCAGGUACAAUAUUACUUGCUCUUCGAAGAAGAUUACCUCCUGUUUUAUAUGCUGUGAACUCUGCAACGCAUUUAUGUCAAUUUGAUCAUCCUGGAUACUAUAAUAGUUGUACAAUGAAAUCGUGCUGUUUUGCUGGAAAUAAUGAUGAAUAUAUAUUAUCAGGUUCAGAUGACUUUAAUUUAUAUAUGUGGAAAAUACCUACAGAUGAUAGCAUUAAGUGGAUAGACUCAGCACACAUGAUUUUGCGUGGUCACAGAUCAAUUGUUAAUCAAGUUCGUUACAAUCCAGCCAGUUAUGUCCUUGCAUCAUCAGGAGUUGAGAAGAUUAUAAAGUUAUGGUCACCAUUCCCUCUUAGUCGUAAAUGUUUAGGAGGUCUGAAGAGAGAUGAUGACAAAGAGGAAAAACAACGUAGAGUAUAUACACAUGAUGAAUAUAUUGGUUUAGUUUUAAGAAGUGGACAAUUUAUGACUCAUGACUAUAGUCAUCAAUCAACUGAUGAAGAUCAACGAAUGAUGGCAUUUUUUGAUUCUCUUGUUCAAAGAGAAAUUGAAAGUUGGAGUUCAGAAGAUGUGCCAACUCCACAAAGUCCAAGUGAUCCUGAAAAUAAUAAUGCUACGGAUCGUAAUAAUGCAUCAGAUUCAGAAGACUCAACGGCAUCAGAAAAUCAACUAAUGCGUCGCUUUAUUGCAUCAACAUUUAAUUCACUUGCUUCUUCUACUGCACCUGAACGACCACUUGAGUCGCCUAAUCGUAUAACUCGACUUAUUGCAAAUCGACGUGAAAAACUCAUGCGUCUUGCUGCUCUUGAGGCUGGCUCGCAAUUUAAGAAUAGUAUUGCAGGUGCAUCAUUAUCGACAACGACGACUACGUCGACGACUAUUUCUGUAACAAAUACCACUACAAGGUCGACUCCAGCAGUGGUAACAACAUUAACACAAGAUGCUGAAUUUAGCUUGUUAAAUGAAAAUAAUAACUUGACACAUAAUAAUAAAAGCAAAAAAAGCAAGAUUAUGCUAAAUUCGAAAACCAUAAAAAGAAAAUACAAUAGUCGGUUAUUGGCUACCAGAAAUCGUGCACGAAGAAAACUUUCCAAUAUCAAAGCAGAUAGUGAUUCUGAACCGGAUGAUCAAUCACAUGAGCUUAUAAAUACUUACCAACCACUCGAUGCAACACAACCAAGUACAAGCAGUGGUGUGAUUUCGGCUUGUUGUUCUCAUUUCGUAGCUACACCGACAAUCGCGGAAUCACGAAAGAGACAUCCUAGUAGUAGUAGUUCGGAAGAUAAUGAAAUUACAAUUAUUAGUAAUCAUACAAAUAAAAAACGAAAUGUAAAAACGGACUCUGACAACUCAACAAAGGAACUUCAAAAAAGAAAGACAUCACGUAGCAAGAACAAAAGUUCAAUGGGAUUGGCUUCAUACGUACAUCGUGAUAGUCGUAAUAAGAGUAAAUGUCAGAUGCGAAAUGAAGGAAUCGAUGAUCGUAAUGAAAACGUCGCAAAGGAAGUAACGAUUUUGCAUAAUAAUAUCGAUAAUGGAGAGACGCUAGUGACACCAACAAAGGAUUCUAAACACUCAAUUACUUCCGACAGUGGUAUUACAUCUGGUGUCUCGACAACAGAAAAGAAUAAUGUCUUGAUGACAGGAGAUAGAGCGGAAAGUUCAGAUCGUGAAAGAACAAUUAAGAAUCUUGAGUGGUUUAAAAAGAAAGUGGAUAUAGCAAGGCGUGGCUAUCGCAAACGAGUAAUGCUACCGUUACCUAGCAGUAGUGAGUCCUCCGAUAAUUGAAUUAUAUAAUAAAUACAAAUAUAUCAAGAGGGCGAAAGUUGAAAGAGUGAGUGAGAGAGAAAUCAAAGAGAUUAUUGCGCGUAUAUAUACUGAAUCUGUGAUCCUUUAAGCUAUAUAUAUUUUUAUAUAAUAUGUGAAAUAUGAAAUGUGUGUGUAACUAUUUCUAGUAAACUUUAUUAUCAUAAGUCCCCCUAUUUUGUUUUUC